AUGGAUUCAACAACAACAACAAUAUCAUCAAUAUCAAAUGGUAUCUUUAUGCAAUAUAUUUAUACAACUCAAACUGAUCAAAUAAAUAAUGAAAAUCCAUUCAAAACUAGAUUAUAUCAAUUACAUAAGAUUAAAGAAGCAUCGCCUUCUGAUCGAGCAGAUCCACGUGAAAUUAAUUUUAUUACAUUUAUUGGUAAAAUAAAUUUAGAAAGAAUGACAUAUUAUGAUAUUAAAGUUAUUAUUUGA